AAGGCUGCCAGUCGGCGCUCCGGGUACACGCGCUUCAACUUCGGUUGGUGUGUGUCGAAGAAACCUGACUGCGACCUGGGAAGCACCGCGGAGAACAUCGGAACAUCGGAACAUCGGAGAGGGUCCACCGAGCCUCGCGAAAGGUCCGCUGAGCGGGCUUCGCAACCGGAGCCACUCCGGGCUGCGGAGCACCCAGCGGAUCCCACGCCUGGCACAGGUGUGGGACCCCGUCCUUCCCGUCUUCGCAGAGGAGUCCUCGCGUGGUGAGUAUGCGAAACAAAAAGCUUUUGAAAACAAGAAGAAGAAAGGGUGGACGAGGAGGCCAGGAUCCAGGCCUCCAUCCCCACAGAAGUGAAGCGACAGCUGGGAGGUCUCCUCCCACCCCAACCUUCACCCUGGGGCCCGCCGACUGCCCACCACCACCUCCUCCUCCCCCCCCCAACGACCCCUCCUCCUCCUCCUCCAACAACUGCCAAAGGGAUCAGGGCAACCCCAACCAGGAGCGCCGGCGGCGGGAGAACCUCUCCCAAGAGAUCAACGACCUCAGAGAGAAGGUCAUGAGGCAGUCCGAGGAGAACAACAAGCUGCAGGACCAGGUGCAGAGGCUCACCGAGGAGAACUCGAACCUUCGCGAGCAAGUGGAGCCCGCCCCCCAGGAAGAGGAAGAAGAGGAGGAGGAAGAGGAUGAGCUGGAGCUCCGUGGCGCCGCAGCGGCUGCUGCCCCCCCCCCCCCCGCCGAGGAAGAGGGCUCCGAAGACCUCCCCGAGAAGUUCGACGGCAACCCAGACAUGCUGGUGCCUUUCAUGUCCCAGUGCCAGAUCUUCAUGGAGAAGAGCACCCGAGAUUUCUCCAUCGAUCGCGUCCGCGUCUGCUUCGUGACCAGCAUGAUGACCGGCCGCGCCGCCCGCUGGGCCUCCGCGAAGCUGGAGCGAGCCCACUACCUGAUGCACAACUACCCAGCCUUCAUGACCGAGAUGAAGCACGUCUUCGAAGACCCCCAGCGGCGAGAGGCCGCCAAGCGCAAGAUCAGACGCCUGCGCCAGGGCAUGGGGUCCGUGGUCGACUACUCCAACGCGUUCCAGAUGAUCGCCCAGGACCUGGACUGGAACGAGCCCGCGCUCAUCGACCAGUACCACGAGGGCCUCAGCGACCACAUCCAGGCCGAGCUGGAAGAGAAAGAAAGACGCCGCAAGCUGAACCUGUGCCUCUACUGUGGGAAUGGAGGCCACUACGCUGACAACUGUCCUGCCAAGGCCUCCAAGGCUUCGCGCGGGAAACUCCCCGGCCCCGCUGUAGAGGGACCUUCAGCGACCGGGCCGGAAAUCAUAAGGUCCCCACCAGAUGAUGCUUCAUCUCACCUGCAAGUGAUGCUCCAGAUUCACAUCCCGGGCAGACACACCCUGAUCGUCCGAGCCAUGAUCGACUCUGGCGCCUCUGGCAACUUCAUCGAUCACGAGUACGUCGCGCGACACGCCAUUCCUCUGAGGAUCAAGGACUGGCCAAUCCUUGUGGAAGCGAUCGAUGGCCGCCCCAUAGCAUCGGGCCCCGUUGUCCACGAGACACACGAGCUGAUCGUCGACCUGGGGAAUCACCGGGAAGUGCUGUCCCUGGAUGUGACUCAGUCUCCGUUCUUCCCCAUCGUCCUGGGGGUGCGCUGGCUGAGCACACACGACCCCAACAUCACCUGGAGCACCCGAUCGAUCAUCUUCGACUCCGAAUACUGCCGAUACCACUGCCGGGUGUACACCCCCAUCCCAGCCUUCCUCCCACCAGCACAGCCGCCCUUCUUCUACUCGAUCGAGGGAUUCAGAGUUUACCAGCCUGUGAGGUACUACUACGUGCAGAACGUGUACACUCCAGUGGAUGAGAACGUCUACCCGGAUCACCGCCUGGUGGACCCCAACAUCGAGAUGAUCCCUGGAGCUCACAGCAUUCCCAGCGGGCACGUGUACUCGCUCUCCGAGUCCGAGAUGGCCGCUCUGCGGGAGUUCAUCGCCAGGCACGUGAAGGAUGGCCUGAUCACUCCGACCAUCGCCCCCAACGGAGCGCAAGUCCUCCAGGUGAAAAGGGGAUGGAAGCUGCAGGUCUCCUACGACUGCCGUGCUCCCAACAGUUUCACUAUCCAGAAUCAGUACCCUCAGCUCUCUGUUCCAAAUUUGGAUGACCAGGCGCACCUGGCCACCUACGCUGAGUACGUUCCUCAGAUUCCUGGAUACCCCACGUACCCGGCCUACGGCACCUACCCGACCUACCCAGUCGGAUUCGCCUGGUACCCAGUAGGAAGAGAUGGACAUGGGCGCCCGCUCUAUGUCCCCGUGAUGAUCACUUGGAAUCCUCACUGGUACCGCCAGCCUCCGGUACCCCAGUAUCCGCCGCCGCCGCCGCCGCCGCCCUCCUACAGCAGCCUGUGAAUCUGUCAGAUCCUCCAGGAUCUCUGCCCUCAACGUGUGUUCCUGGGCAGCUUCUCAGUCAGUGACUGUGUGCUCACCUGGGCCCCUGUAUCUUCAGGCCAACCUGUCACCUCUGAAGAGCCACGGAAGGUCAGGGCCACCCUGGACUGGCGCACAGCCUGAAACCACCCAAAGAUCUCUGGGAGCCACAGAAUAUUGACCAACAAAUUACCUUCUUUAACUGCCAAUUCUAAGUAAAAUUCGUAAGCUGACCUCCCAGUACAUCUCGGAAAUAUUUACGGAGAAGCUGAUGCCAACACACGAAAUGCUGUUUUCUCUACAGAGGGGGAGACAAAGAGGAGGAGGAUAUAACUUUUCUUGCAGUUUCGGUUCUCUCUUUAUAUGAUGGGAGGACCGCCGCCUUAUGAAGGAAGCCACAGUGAACUGGUGCAGUAUGAAACGGCUUCCGUGAUCUUUCUGCUGCACCCUGAGACACUUCACCAUCUUCAAACUUCUCUUUUGUGAUUCUGUGAUUCUGUUAAUUCUCAAGGAGCAGCAACUUGACCAGUUAAUUCUCCCGGGAGCAGGCCAGAUCCCUGCCACAGGAGCACCUCGGGCUGGAGAAGGAAGUGCCCUUUCAGAUGGACUCUUGCCUGUUGAGUGUGCCUUCACAUGGGUACCCACACUCAUGCCUGGGGGGAAUGUCUUUGAGGAGGAGAAAUUGGGGCACAGGAGACUGUCUUGGGGAUAUGGACUUCUGUAGUGAGCUUCAAAUCCGGUUGCCAAUGAAUAAAAGGCCUCAGAAAACAAGUCAAAUGACUCAAAGCAACAGACAACCCAAACGUUGUCUUCAGUCCAGUGACAUCAUCUGGGGUCUCCCGGGGACUGCCUGAUUUCCUUUAGCCUGGUCCCUUGCUGCUACUACCUUGAACUGUUUGUCUAACCUCUCUUUCUGUUUAAUUCCUUACUACUGCCAUUAGCCCUGCUGCAGGAUUUGUGUCAUCCCUCCUGCCUGGUUGCUGAGGCUCCAUUUUGCUGCCACGCGUGGAGAAGAAAGAAGCAGGAGUAAAGGAGUGUGUUUCUACACAGUCUCCAAUUGCCAAAACACCCCUUAAGCAGUAGAAAACAAUGUGAUAUGUAUAUAUUUCUAAUUGCCUAUCAGGAAGAGGAGUUUAAUGGUGAAGUUUCAUUGUUUCAUCAACAUCAUCUUUCACUAUUCAUUAUCAUUCACCCUUAUUCUUGCAUGUUUAAAUACUUAAAUAUUUUAGCUGUAGAUUAGUGGUAUCCUUUUUAACAACUUUAGAGUGGGACUGCUCAUAUUAUUUCCAUUGAAUUACAAAGUACUAUUCAAUUCUUACUAUGUUAGAGUUAAGCUAAUUAAAAUCGAGUAAGUAAUGUAAUGUAAAAUACUGUGAACUUCUCUUAACAAACACUGUGAAUUAGAGGCUCCUCGGAACUGGAGUUUUGUAUAAUAGUUCAUCUUGUUCAUCUUCAACCUUUUAUUUUAACAUCAUAUGUAAUUUUAGUUUUAACAAUUAGGCCUCUAAAACACACACACACACACACACACACACACACACAAAUAUGCAAAUCCAAAGAAGAUACCUAAUUGGCUAUUUACUCCAAAACAACUUUCUUUUUCUUUUUCAAUGGAAUCAGACAACUUGUCAGUCACUCAUGUGUUUUUAAAGUACGUCAUUAUUUUUUAAAUGGUGCAUUUGUGCUUCUGGACUAUUUUGAAGCGUCACUCCGUUUACCUCAGAUAUCAAUCCAUCCUCCAUAUCUUUGAAUUCAAGUUGUGUUGUGUCAAAUUUAUAGUUGUCAAUUGAUCUUCAAGCUGCAGGGGGCCUAGAAAUGGCUCAUUGUCUGCAGCCCAACAUGUGCACACGGACAUUUGCCAUCACUGCAAGCAAAAGCCUGGAGACGUUGGCCUGUGACAACAACAGUCAGGAAGAGCACGGAUGAAGUCCCUGACACACAUAUGGCUGUUUAGUAAAGCUUGUGAAAAACUUUUGGCAGUGUGCGCUAUGUUGUAUUGCUAUAUAUGCUGUCUAUAAAUGUAGGUGUUAAAGAUAAGUGAUCUCAAAUUUAUUGUUAGCAUCAGAAUUGUAAUAAGUUUCCUUUCAAUCAAUGGAUUUAAUUUGUUGCUGUUGAUCAAACUUAUGUUAAUUGGAUAUUUUAAAUUUUCGGGGCAUUUUCCAACAGAUGCCUUUAUUCUUAAAGAAAAGAGCAAAGUAAUUAAAUUUCUAAAGAAAUUAGGGAGCAAAAUAAAAACAAAGUAGAUAAAUAAAGCAAUAUCAAUUAUUAAACCAAGCCAAUAGUCGACCCUUUGAAACAAAUUGGCAAAAUUGAAUGACUUUUGGCCCAAAUUCAGAGAGUUAAUUGAAAAAUCAAGGAAGAAGAAGGUAUGAGCUCCCAUUUUUAAGCAAACUUGGAAAACUAGCUAAGGUCAUCUUGCUAGAAUAUUGAAGAAGUUUACAUACGUUUCUGAAGGGUCAAUUCAGUUUGAGCAAUGAGGUAUUUGUAAUAGAUGCUGGAAAAUGAAGAAUUAGUUUGAUUAAAUCAUGUGAGGUAGCACGGUGAACUAACAGGUUCACAAAAAGGGCAGUCUGAAUUUCUGUUUAAGUUUGCAGGUACCUCUUAGACUCCUGAAUUGAUCCAGUUGUCAUCUGCCACAGACAUCUAACAUCAGAUUGAAUUUCAAGAUUGGCAACAGAGAACACUGCUGGGAAAGACCUGAGCGGAAAUGAAAGACCACCUGCAUAGAUGAAAAGCCAGUGGGAACCAAGCUACAUUUUCAUCUGGAAGAGCAAAUCUUGUGGGAAAGUUCUCUGUUGUUUCAGAUUGUAGAAUGCUAUCGAAUUGGUCUGUGGAAAAUUGCAUUGUUACUAUUUCUUUGUGUAAUCACUUUAAUGAAUAGGGGAUAUAUAUAAUCAUAAGUAAUUUUAGGGUGGGAGGGAUUAAUAGUAAUCUUAAGUGGGUGGGAUUAGUUAAACAGCAUGAUUAUAUAUUAGAUAUCUCUAUAAGUAGACAUAUGUACUUGUGAUCCUUUAUCCUGUGAUUGCUACCUUUAAUAAUUUCAAAUAAACUCGGAGGGAACUGCAGGGAGAUUAGCCUAUUUAGGGUGACUGGAACAUGGAAAAAAACCCUAGUGGGAUAAAGUUCAAAGGUGAUUAAAUAGAUCAUUUAAUAGAGGCUCUUUGCCUUGGGUAUUAACUCCAGGGAUUAAGAUUGUGAGCAAAGUCUUUAGUGAGUGACAGGGUGGAUAGAUACCCUUUGAGAAAUGGUUGCUGAAAUGACAUUGAUAUGAUGUAUGGUGAAUAGUCAUGAAAGUUAUACAAAAAUGGUGCAUAAGAAAUGGAAGUGAUGAGUAAGAAAAGUUGCUCCCAUCAGUCGCCCUCCUUUUUACCUCUUCUCCCUACCCCUGUCCCACAUCCCUAUCCUCCCCCAUUAUUAUUGCUGUAUUCUCUUUACUCUAUUUCUCUCAAAUUACUAAUAUUGAUGUUAUAAUAAAUUCAAUUAAUAAAGAUUUAGUGGUUAAGUGCAAA